AGAAAGCCCUAGAGUCCAGUUAGAUCGAGUCCGCAGCUUUCUUCCCCAAACUAGUCUCUGCAACGUAAGUUCCAGAGGAAAACACAGCAACAUAACAUUAGACAAUUCAAAAGCUUUCGGGGAAAAGCAUAUUUGUAUUAGUCUUCCACUUACCUACCUACAACAACUCGAAAUACAUUUUAUUACACCAAAAAUAACAAUUAAUUAAACAAAAGAAAAACUUCCAUAGCUUUCUGGUCUUGGCAAUGUCGGACAACAAAACCAUCAUUCCACCCCAAUACGACGUCAACGCCAAAUGGGAUGCCUGUUUGGAUCUCACUGUUCGCCGUUUCGUCUACUCUUCCUUGGGUGGGGCCUUCGGCGCUCUUCUUCUCUUCAGGAGUCCUGUAUCUCGUUGGGCAUCUGUAGCUUUUGGUGCUGGGAUUGGCAUAGGAUCUGCAUACACAGAAUGUUCCCAAUUAUUUGGUGGAUCGCCUGCAAAGUUGGCCGCUUCCAAGUUUGCUGAGACUCCAGCUUCUCAGGUACAAGUAAUUUUCUAAUAAUUAAUGAAUAUACUUAAAUUUGAUUAUUUUUUCAAUUGGACAGUUUUAUUUGUUCCUGAAAUUAAAAAACAGUAAACGUUUUUUAACCCCUUUUAGUUUAACUAUAGUUUGAUUUUUAUUUGAUGGCACUCACCAUUGCUGAAUCAUCAUACCUGGGGUCCGGGAUUGGACAUUAUUACAUGAUUUUUUCUGGGCUGUUUCCCGAAAGUUUGAAACAAACCAAACCAUUUUCUCGUAUUGUGCUAAAAGUUUUAGUAAAAUGAGAUUGGGAUAACUAAGAAAAUAAAUGAAUAUAAUUUAAUUUGAUGAAUUAGCAGUAGUUUAAACUUUAAUCUGAUAACUCACCUCUUAGUCAAUUGUCUUCCAGAUGCAGUUAGUGGUUAACAUAGUGUUAACUUUGAGUCUUUAUGUUAAGAACAUAAUUUAAUGUAUUAGUAAUCGAUUAUUUUUCCCUUCAGGAAGGACAAGACUAAAGGAGUACAUGCUAUUGAAGUUGUACUAAAUCUUGGGUAAACAUAAAUUAUCGUAAUUUUGAUGUUGGCUACUAUUCCUAGUAUGACUGAAUAUGUACUUGAAAAAUUGUGUCGAUGGAUUAACUGUUUACCAUGGACUAGAUAGAGUUCAUUCACCUUUUUGCUCGGUAAGAUCAUAAAGAGCAUUAUGUGAAAGAAAAUUAAGUCUUGUCAUUUCUAUAUGCUGUCUGCGUUACUACAAGGAAAAAGAUCCAGAGAAAUAAAAAAUAGAAUAAAUUGGUCUUUAUAAGACUUGUUUCUA